AUGGUUAACGUGGUGUUAGGAUCCCAAUGGGGUGACGAAGGUAAAGGCAAGCUAGUUGACUUGUUGGUGGGUGAUUACGACCUAGUCGCUCGUUGUGCCGGGGGAAACAAUGCUGGCCAUACGAUUGUGGUUGAUGGCGUGAAAUAUGACUUCCACAUGUUGCCCUCUGGGCUGGUUAAUCCUAACUGCCAGAACCUUUUGGGUAACGGUGUUGUGGUUCAUGUGCCAUCGUUCUUCAAAGAGCUGGAAACGUUGGAGGCUAAGGGAUUGGAAAAUGCCAGGGAGAGACUGUUCAUCUCGUCUAGGGCGCAUUUAGUGUUUGACUUCCAUCAGCGGACUGAUAAGCUGAGAGAAGUUGAGCUCUCGGGCCAGGCUAAGGACGGUAAAAACAUCGGCACCACUGGUAAAGGUAUCGGUCCAACGUACUCGACCAAGGCUUCGAGAUCUGGUAUCAGAGUUCACCAUUUGGUCAACGACAACCCUGAGGCAUGGGACGACUUUGUGGUUAAGUACAGAAGGCUCUUGGAGACGAGAAAGCAGCGUUAUGGCGACUUCGAGUACGAUGCUGAGGCAGAGUUGGCUCGCUACAAGAAGUACAAGGAGGAGCUUAAGCCCUUUGUUGUGGACUCUGUGGUUUUUAUGCACAAGGCCAUCGAGGCAAAGAAGAAGAUCCUAGUCGAGGGUGCCAAUGCGCUAAUGUUGGAUAUCGACUUCGGUACUUAUCCCUACGUCACCUCCUCCAACACCGGUAUCGGUGGUGUGGUCACCGGUUUGGGUAUUCCACCACGUACUGUGGAUGAAGUUUACGGUGUGGUGAAAGCCUACACGACCAGAGUCGGCGAAGGUCCUUUCCCAACCGAGCAGUUGAACGAGUACGGUGAGAAACUGCAGGAAAUUGGUGCCGAGUUUGGUGUCACUACUGGACGUAAGCGCCGUUGCGGUUGGUUGGAUCUUGUCAUACUGAAAUACUCCACCUUGAUCAACGGGUACACGAGUUUGAACAUAACGAAAUUGGAUGUCUUAGACACCUUUGAGGAGAUUCCUGUCGGAAUUUCUUACUCUCUAAACGGAAAGAAAUUAGACUUGUUCCCAGAGGAUUUGACGACUUUGGGCAAAGUUGACGUGGAAUAUGUUACUUUGCCCGGCUGGAAUCAGGACAUAACGAAGGUUAAGUCAUACGAUGAAUUGCCCGAGAAUGCUAAGAAAUACUUGAAAUUUAUCGAGGACUUCGUUGGCGUCCCAAUCGAGUGGGUUGGUACUGGUCCUGCCAGAGACAGCAUGCUGCACAAGAACAUCAAAUAA